AUGGCUGAUUCAGCAAGUCCAUUAGCCCAUGACAGUGCCUAUAAAAGGAAGGAACAAGGAGAGUCCUCGGCACUGCAAGAGAAACCAAAGGGAACGCAAAUUGAAACCCCUACCGAAAGGGACGAUGUCUCGAAUCGAAGCCCUUUCAUCCAACCUAUCCUGGAGGCCAAGUUACCUGACAAUUGGAGAGGAUUAACGUUAGAAAAGUAUGAUGGGACGACUGAUCCAGGAGAACACUUGGACAUUUUCACAACUCAAGUCGGCCUAUACACAGAAAACGAUGCCUUAUUAUGCAGAAUAUUCCCCACGUCCCUUAGGGGAUCAGCACUUAGCUGGUUUACCAGGUUACCCCCCUCAUCCAUCGAUUCGUUUACAACCCUGACCAGACAAUUCACUCUUCAGUUUGUGGCAAGUCAUCCCCACCCUCUAACGUCUUUAGCGCUCGUCAAUAUCCACCAAGAAAAAAGAGAGACGCUUAGAGCAUUCAUGGAACGCUUUGGCAAAGUCGCUUUGUCAAUCCACAAUCUAGAGCCAGCAGUAGCUAUGCACCAUCUCACUACAACCCUGAAACCAGGCCCUUUUGUUAAUAGUAUCUGCAAAAAGCCACCUAUGGAUUUGGAUGAAUUGAGGAACCGAGCUGCCAAAUACAUGCAAAUGGAAGAGUUGGCGGAAUACCAAAACCAGGUACGACUAGAACAAGGAUCCAACUCAAAAGAAGCAGACAAGAGAGAAGCUUUUAUGCCUAGGCAAGAGAACAAGGACCGAAAGAGUGACGCCAAAAAACCUCCUAGGGGACCUAAGUAUCCUUCUUACACAACCCUCAAUACUAAUCGAUCUAGGGUACUCGACCAAGCUCUGGUAACCGAGAUACUGACUAUGCCUAAGCGUGCCAAUACCCCUCCUCGGGCAAACAAGUCCAAGUCUUGCAGGUAUCAUAGAAAUAGAGGGCACACCACCGAAGAGUGCAUGGCCCUAAGGGACCAAAUCGAGGAUUUGAUUAAAGACAGGCAUCUGCAGGAUUUUGUACAAACAAAUCCCCUCGGUCAUUCUGAAAAAAGUAUAAAUUGUUACCCUGACCCACCACGAAGAUACAAUGACAAUAAGCCUGAACGACAAUGCAGUUGGACAACGACGAGCUUCCAGUGUGUAGAUCCAGUUCAGGAUGAUCCAAUGGUCGUAAGUGUCGAUAUCCUUAACUGCACAAUCCAAAAAACCCUUAUCAAUCAGGGGAGCUCGGCUGACAUCCUGUACUGGAAUACGUUCAAACAAUUGGGGUUACCAGAAGAGGAGUUGAAGGAGUACCAUGAGCCACUGGUUAGAUUUUUAGGAGAGCGAGUUGAGACACGUGGCUAUAUUGACCUAUACACCCUGUUCAGAUCAGAAGACGAAGGAAAAUGCAUAAAAGUCACCUAUCUGGUAGUACAUGCAAACACUUUGUACAAUAUAUUACUCGGUCGACCAUCACUCAAUAAGUUGAAGGCCAUAGUGUCCAACCCUCACUUGGCUAUGAAAUUCCCAACUGACAAAGGCCGAAUUGUUACCGUUCAUGUCGACUAA